AUGUUGAGCAGUGUUAUGCACGCGCAAUGGAUGCUUGGCGUCAUUAUCCCGCGUAUAGCUGAAGUGCCAGACAUAUUUCGACCCCUGCUCCGCGGCCUGCUUCGCAGACAGCCCCACAAAAGGUGGUCCGCGCUGAAAUGUCUAGCAUGGCUCGGCAGUAACAUUCAGGCUGUUAGCGACUCGCAGAACUUUAAUUCGGAUGCACACGCUAGUCCAAGUAAUGAGUCCGCCACCGAUCGAGAGACCAUCCUCCUUGCGGGUGGAACAAUAGCUUCACCCGUGGAGAGCUCCAAGAGGAGGAAGCGGCCAGCUUCUGCGUCACUCAGUGAGGCAAACUACGGGCUUGGGAUUCGUUCCGGUGGUAGACCUGCAGAGCUCCGGUCAUUGCGGUUUAGCGAGGACUCACAUGAUUCGCCUGAGCAAGUGCUGCCAGCCCCAUCGUUGGUGUUACGACAGUCUUCGCGUGAUCUGCCAUCCACGCCGACUCCGAGGGCCAGAUUUGUUACUCCGCCCAUACCGCAGUCGCCAGGGUUUCGGGGUUCUCCGAGUGAGAUCCCAUCCACUCUAGCUCCGGAAGUCCCAUUUGUUACACCGCCGCCACCAUCGCCACGGCCGGGCAGAGUACCACAUCACGGCGCGUUAGUCUACUCACCGACUUCAAAGAGCUACAACGGAGCCUCAUUCGGUGGACCACUAGUAUCACCAUCGUGGGCCCCAACACCAGAUCGCGACGAAGGCGAGUUCCCAACCUCAGGCGAAGAUGAUGAGUAUUCUAUGGAGACAAGUGACUCUGAACUUCUGAAUGAAUGGAAUGACAGCGAUAGCGAGGACGAGGACGAGGACGAUGACUAA